AUGGUGGUGACAGGCUCUGCCCGAGGCGGCGGCGGGGACCGCGCGCCCUCCCGGCGGCGGGGCUGCGGACUCGCGCCGGCCGGGGCCGCGGCGCUGCUGGCCGGGGCGAGCUGCCUGUGCUACGGCCGCUCCCUGCAGGGCGAGUUCGUGCACGACGACGUGUGGGCGAUCGUGAACAACCCCGACGUGCGGCCCGGAGCCCCGCUCCGCUGGGGCAUCUUCACCAACGACUUCUGGGGCAAGGGCAUGGCCGAGAACACCAGCCACAAGUCCUACCGGCCGCUCUGCGUCCUCACCUUCAAGCUGAACAUAUUUUUGACUGGCAUGAACCCAUUCUACUUUCAUGCGGUGAAUGUGAUUUUACACUGUCUUGUGACUCUUGUCCUGAUGUACACCUGUGACAAAGCUGUCUUCAGGAACCGGGGACUUGCUUUUGCUACAGCGUUGCUUUUUGCUGUGCAUCCUAUUCACACAGAGGCGGUGGCUGGAAUUGUUGGCAGAGCCGAUGUGUUAGCAUGCCUGUUCUUUCUGUUGGCCUUUCUCUCCUACAAUAGGAGUGUGGACCAGCAUCAUAUUGGGGAAUGUUUCCCUCCCACCACUUCUCCCUUCUUCUUGCUGCUCAGUUUGUUUUUGGGGACCUGCGCCAUGCUGGUGAAAGAGACAGGCAUCACGGUGUUUGGAGUGUGCUUGGUUUAUGAUCUCUUUUCCCUAUCCCACAAGCAAGAGAAAUCGAGCAAUGGGGUCAUCCAUCAGUGCGGCCCACAGCAGCCUUCGAACCCUCAGCCCCCCUCGCUGCCUGUGCACCCUCACCGGGAGAAUGGGAAGCAGCAUCGAUUUCCUCACCGAGGAGCUUGGGGUGGCUGCCACUCCCCAUCGCCACCAGAACCCAAGAGCAAUGGAUUCCCAGUGUCUCCUCGAGCUGUGUGGUCCAUGAUGAGGUAUCUGACAGCAAGGAACAAUAGAAAUUUCCUGCUUACCAUGAGGCCAUUCUUAAAAAGGGCCACUUUGGUCAUAAGUUAUGUGAUUGUUGUUUUGUACUUCCGUCUGUGGAUCAUGGGAGGAUCUAUGCCCCUUUUUUCAGAGCAGGAUAAUCCAGCUUCAUUUUCGCCUUACAUUCUUACGAGGUUCCUUACCUAUUCCUACCUCUUGGCCUUCAACGUGUGGCUUCUGCUUGCACCUGUUACCCUAUGCUAUGACUGGCAGGUUGGCAGUAUUCCUCUGGUAGAGACCAUAUGGGACGUGCGGAACUUAGCCACCAUCCUUCUGGCAGUUGUCAUGACCUUAUUGAGCCUUCAUUGUUUAGCAGCCUUCAAGAGACUGGAGCACAAGGAAGUGUUAGUGGGCUUGUUGUUCCUGGUUUUCCCGUUCAUUCCAGCCAGCAAUCUCUUCUUCAGGGUGGGUUUUGUGGUGGCCGAGAGAGUCCUUUACAUGCCUAGCAUGGGCUACUGCAUCCUUUUUGUGCACGGAUUGAGGAAGCUCUGCACUUGGCUGAAUCGAUGCGGGGCCACCACGCUGACCGUGUGCACUGUGCUGCUAUUAUUGCUUUUCUCCUGGAAAACUGUGAAGCAGAAUGAAAUUUGGCUGUCAAGAGAGUCCCUGUUCAGGUCUGGAGUUCAAACCCUGCCCCACAAUGCCAAGGUUCACUACAACUACGCCAAUUUCCUGAAGGACCAGGGUCGGACCCGGGAAGCGAUCUACCACUACAGAACGGCCCUCAGGUUGUAUCCUCGCCACGCAAGUGCCCUGAAUAACCUUGGAACACUGACGAGAGACACAGCAGAGGCAAAGAGGUGCUAUCAGAGGGCUCUCCAGCUAAAUCCACAGCACAGCCGGGCUCUCUUCAAUCUUGGAAAUCUCCUUAAGUCCCAGGAGAAAAAAGAAGAGGCUAUCUCCUUACUGAAGGACUCCAUUAAAUAUGGUCCCGAGUUUGCAGAUGCAUAUUCUAGCUUAGCUUCAUUGUUGGCUGAGCAGGAGAGAUUUAAGGAGGCUGAGGAGAUAUACCAGGCUGGAAUAAAGAACUGUCCAGACAGCUCAGACUUACACAACAACUAUGGGGUUUUCUUAGUUGAUACUGGCUCUCCAGAGAAGGCAGUGGCCCAUUACCAACAGGCCAUCACACUCAGCCCAAGUCAUCACGUGGCCAUGGUGAAUCUGGGGAGGCUCUACAGGUCCUUGGGAGACAACAGUGUGGCUGAAGAAUGGUACAAACGGGCCCUGCAGGUGGCACGCAAAGCUGAGCUGUUAUCACCUCUGGGAGCGCUCUAUUAUAACACGGGCCGCUAUGAUGAGGCCCUGCAGGUUUACCGGGAAGCUGCAGCACUUCAGCCUUCUCAAAGGGAGCUCCGCCUGGCCCUGGCUCAGGUUUUGGCCGUGAUGGGUCAGACAAAAGAAGCUGAGAAGAUGACCAACCACAUUGUGUCAGAAGAGACUGGAUGCCUUGAAUGCUACCGCCUGUUGUCAGCAAUCUACAGCAAGCAGGAGCACCACGACAAGGCACUCGAUGCUAUAGACAAGGCUCUCCAGCUGAAACCAAAGGACCCAAAAGUCAUAUCUGAACUUUUUUUCACAAAAGGAAACCAACUGAGAGAGCAGAAUCUUCUGGAUAAAGCUUUUGAGAGCUAUAAAGCUGCCGUGGAGCUAAAUCCAGAUCAAGCACAGGCCUGGAUGAACAUGGGUGGAAUCCAACACAUCAAGGGAAACUAUGUGUCCGCAAGAGCUUAUUACGAGAGAGCUUUCCAGCUGGUUCCAGAUAGCAAACUGCUGCAGGAAAAUCUCGCCAAGUUGGAUCGCCUAGAGAAACGAUUACAAGAAGUUCGAGAAAAGGAUCAAACGUAGCAGCGUUUGACCCAGUCUUGAGGAACAGUGCUGGUGCCUCUGGAAGAGGAAGAAGAGAUGGAGGCUUUCACCUCAGCAGGGGCACAACAGAGAAGCCUUCCGCUCGCUCGCUC